UUAUGAAGCAGUUUCAGCUCUGCGUUGUCUCUAAAGUUGAUGAUGAUGGACAGAGGCUGUUAUACCAGUUAGAUUGCUGUAAAGAUAAGGCCAUGGAGGCCGUAGAGGAAUGCAUUAUGUUACCACCAUCUGCUGGUUACCGCAGAGCUCGAGAUAUACUCAAACGUUUGUUUGGAAGGCCUCAUGAAUUCAGCCGGGCCUCACUACAGGGUCUGAUGGGAGGCUCGAACACAGAACAAAACGAAGCUGAGGCAAUGUCGAGGUUGGCUAUAAUGACGGAAAGCUGCCCUAUAGCCCUAGAGCAAGUUGACUAUACUGCAGACCUAAACUUCCUGUGAACUUUAGAAGGUAUGGUAAAGAAAUUGCUGCUUGUGUUACAG